AUGGCUGAAAACUCCCGAAACUCUAAGCUCUCUCUCAAAGAUGACGAAUGCACUUUUACUUGGAAGCUUUUCACCGGUUGGGAUUUCAUGAUUGGCCACGCUGAAACAGCGCACAACCGAAUCGCCUCGGUGGUGGUCGGCUUCAAAGAGGUUUUGCUCGAAGAAGCCGAAAAGAAGAAGGAUAAUCGCAAUUCGGAGCAAUUGGCGCGUAAUGGCAAUUUACUGAGUCGCAAUGCGGUUAACAUCACCAUCACGCUGCUGGCGUUCUUCAUGCCCAUGAUAUUCGACGCAUUGGGAUUAUUCGAAAAUUGGCAUCCGCGACAGCAGUUGCGCUUGCAAUUGGCACGCAUCAUGAUACUCAACAUGCUCAACUUGUAUUCGCUGAUGUUCUCCUUCAUCUACAACAUCGACAGCAAGGAGGGACCCUUGCAGACGCUCAAGGAGCGCUACGAUAACUCUACCUACGCCAUGAAUAAUUUAACAAUAGUGAUGGAUGGCUACAAAAGCAACAACACAAAUAGUACAGCAAUAGCCAUAGCGCUGGCGCAUCUCAACCUGAGUACCACCAAUCUGGUAACCACGACCACGGCUGCCACAACAACACUUUACGGCUUGGUCACGCGACUGCGAUGCCGCAAUAUCACAAUGAAAUGCUCAAAACCAACACGUAUCAACAAUCGGAAUUUCACAACAGCAACAACAUUACUGCUACUCAAUCUAAGCACCUCAACGCUGUUGCCACACAUCACCACCAACACAGAGUCGGACACGACAAAUAUGUGGACGACGCUGCCCACCACAAUGCCACCUGUCACAACAGAUAUCGAUACAAAAACGAUAACGCCGCAACAACAAGAAGAGUGGAGCACGGCACAGUUCAAUGCGAUAACCGCAGCAGCAACAACAAUAACAGCAACAUUCAGUACACCAGCCACCGAUGCAUCGUCGACCACAAUAACGGAUUAUACGGAGAGCAGCACAACACAAACCGAAACGACGGAUGCAUCCACAUUGCCACAGUCCACCUCAACCACAACAACAGCGCCGGGUAGUGAUAGUUUCUUUGACUACAUGGAUUAUUUCGUUGGCAUGCCGCUCGAGCUUAGCGACUCCCAAGAAGUGGCGAGUGCAACGGAGACAACGCUUAGCGGCACGAGCGGCACGACCGAAAAUGUGCGCCGUGCCAGAAAUGGCAAAAAUCUACGAGCUUUGCAACGUAAGCCUCGCCAAGCCUUACUGUCUGCUUUGUACGAGGCAACACAGCGUGCGCCGCCGGGCCGUUACAGUCGUCAGUUGAAUGAAAGGCGCAGACAAAGUGACCGUGACAACGAACCCUACACCGACAGCGGUGCUGCGACUACCACCGCUUACACGGUAGAGGAAAGUACGCCCGGAGCUCAACAGCAACAACUGCAAGUGGAGUCCGCAUCGCCGGCGCCACAAAAUGAGUCCUUACCGACGCUACAUGUCAAUACGAAAUUACUGGGUGAAGUGCUGGCUUAUUUCACCAGCUCGACAUCGACCGUUGAGCCAACGACUACAAAGUUGCCGCCUACAACAACGACUGUAGUAACGACGACAACGACUACAACAACUUCCACACCGCCAACAACUACAACGGAGUCUGACGGCAGCACUACUGCAUUCUUCUUAGCCGAAGAUGAUAUCAUUGACGAGUCCGCUACCGUCAAUUAUGACACUAAUGAAUUCGAUGAAGAUAAUUUCGAGACUUGCGUGCGCACCAUUUGUGAUACUUACCCUGAGGAAGAGGUUACAAUCACAGAUUUGGAUGCAACUGCAACACCGACGACACCCUCAUUGACACCGAUGGAGAUAUUCGAGAAAAAAAUGUUUGAGGUUAAGCUAGAUAUACAGCAGGUGCAACGCAAUUUGACCAGCAUGUGUUGGGAAACGUCGCUGGGUCAGGAGCUGGCAAAGGUUAUCGUUUCAGAUGGGCUACUGCAUAGCUUCUCCCUCGUGCGAUCGCUAUAUUAUCUGGUCUCAUUGAGCGGGCGCGCACUGCGUGAGGAGCCAAUCAAGAUCUCCAGAACUCAACUGCAAAAGGAGCGUGAAGAGGAACGUAAGAAAAUCUUUAAGGUUCAGAAAGCGAAGCCCACCGAGAAUAGUGCAGCCGCGCUGACCAGCAGAUGGCGCAAGGUGCUGGAAGCUUCGUCGCCGGUCACACCAACACCACCGCCGGAUUUCGAAAGUGAAGAGUACAAAACUAAGAAGCCAGAAAGAAAAUCAAACAACAGCGGCAACAACGCUCGCCACAGCGCGAAGAAGAAGAAAAGUAAUUUUGUGAUUAUUGAUGAGAAGACACCGACGUCGAGCGAAAAGAACGGCCACCAGCCAAGCAUCGUUCCUUUCAGUGGCACGCGGCGGUACUUUCAAAUUCGACGUCAAAAGCCAGACCCAGUGAAGAAACUGCAGCCGAAGGCGGAGGUCGCUUUUAAGUUCGAUGAAACAUCGCUGGAGGAGCCACAAAUAAUGGUAAAGCUGGGCGAGGUGAGACGUAAGAAAAUUGGCACACUCUUCGCGCUUGUGCGCGAUACAGUAAACACCAAAUGGAAUGAUGAUGAGCAAUCACCGAGCAGCAGUGGUGGACCGACUACACCGAAGUUUCCCGUAACACCAGAGACCGCCAAAAAUAUCAACGACGAGGCCAUUGCAAUCGAGAUACCUUCAACGCCUGAGGCCGAAAUCGCAGCCAAACAACAUUUUCCCACAACAAUUCCCGAAAUCACUAUUGAACCAAAAGUUGCAGCUCCCUGCUAUCCAACAACUACAUCGGAUAUUAAUAUGAGCGAUUCGGAAGCGCUGGACAAACCUGGUCCCAUAUAUCAACCACCGUUGCAGCGUCGCAAACCCAUUGAACGUGCGCAAGCCACCCGUCAAGACUCACAAACCUCAGUUUGGUCCGAUAAUAUACCAACAAUUACCAUUAGUACAACCGGCAGUGAUGAAUGCAUACCCAAGGUGGAUCCAGAGAAGAAAUUUACCACACCCAUCAUACCAAUCGCCGCAGUUGCGCCACUCAAAGAGAGCGUGGUUAUGACCGUUACGAAAUCAGCGCCGCCAAGUCCGGAUCCCAAAGUGAAAGUCAUUAAGAUCGAUAUUGAAGAUAAAUAG